GCUCUAUACUUUCAGACAGCCAGUGUGUGUCGGGGAGAACAUUGCUGUCGUGUUUCUGUGUGAGCGAGAUUGCGUGUGUGUACUAUUAUAUGUGCGUGUUUGCGUGUGUGAGUUAGUGGUUAAAGCAGCCUCUUAGGAUGAGAGGCAGAGAGAGACAGACGGUGUUGUGAUUGAGAGUUGGCAACAUCGCCUCUCUGCCGCCUCACCCAGUCCUCAUCCUGCCCUCCUCUCCUCUCUCUUUCCUCUGGCUCUGAUCUACAACACCGCUGGGAUGUCUUCUUCUCCAGGAUCCAUGGACGGCAGCCAGAGGAAUAGCUCAGAGAAGGUGCCAACCCACGUGAAGGAGGUGGAGCCUGCCCAGGUGAAGCCAAAGGAGGUGGAGCCUGGCCAGUUUAAGCUAAAGGAGGCUGAGCUUGCCCAGGCAAAGAUGAAGGAGAGGCAGAAGUUCUUUGAAGAGGCAUUCCAGCAAGACAUGGAUCAGUACCUGUCCACCGGCUACCUGCAGAUCAGUGAGAGGAGAGGAAGUUUUUCGUCCAUGGAGGUGAACGUGGACAUGCUGGAGCAGAUGGACCUGUCCGACCAUGAGAGCUUUGACGUCUUCCUCCUCUCUGGGGGAGAGGACAACAACGCUGCCUCCCCCAUGCUAGGUCCAGACGUUGACUCGUUAACCACAGAGUUCACCCUGCAGGUUCCCACCCAGGCUGAGCUAGGAAACAAGCUGUCCUCCCUCUCCUCCACAUGCACUGACAGCCAGGACACCGAGGCUGGGGACGAUGAUGAAGAGGAUGAAGGGGGGAGGGAGGACAGCAGCCACCGUCCUGUUGGGGUGCAGAGGUUCCCCCCAACACUGUCCUAGCAGAGAGGCCACCACCCCCCACCCAAAAGCAAGACACUUAAACACUGAGGACAGCAGCUUCCAGGCCACAUAAGGGCCAGAGUAGGAGCUAAGACAAUGAACAGACCGAAACCCUGAGAGGAUGGGAGCUAAGAUAAUAUACAGACCGAAACCCUGAGAGGAUGGGAGCUAAGACACUGAACAGACCGAAACAGAGCAGAAUAUAUGCUAUGCACUGGAUGCAUGGAGGAAGAGAUGCGUAAUUUAUGUUUCCUGUAUUUUCAUCAUUUUCUGUAAAGAAAUAACUCCAUGUUGAACAUUGUGGUUACAGUAUUAUUCCCCCAUAAUCUCUCAACUUGGUCAUAAAUAUUUCACCACCCUGUACUACCAUUUCUCAUACUGAUACCUUAAAAGUUAUUUCAUAAUGAAAUGAAACUGGAAUAGAAUGACCCUGUUUCAUAGUCUCCCUCCAUGAGUCUUGAUUUCUAACUUUUAAAAAAUCCUUCUUUAACCUGUCCCCUCCCCUUCAUAUACACUGAUCAAAGUGGAUUU